AUGGCUAACGAAGAGCAUAAAGAACUAGCACUGUUCAUAAAGGAAGUUCACUCAUCAUUAAGGAAAUCAACCUUGUUACAUGGAGCGGACAAAGCAUGGUUAGAGCAUUCAAAGAAAACAUAUGUUUUAGAAAAUUAUGCACACUGUAUGGAGAAAUUAGCUACAACUUAUUGGGAAGCUAAUAGUGCGAAGUCAUCUAGCGAUGCAACUUCACGAAUUAAGUGGACUGCAGAUUUUUGUUUUGAAUACUUCAUAAAUAAUUCUUAUUUGAAAUGUAGAGAAAAGGAUAUUAAUAUAGCCACUAAAGUUUAUAUAAAUUUAGACGUAGAGGAAAAUUUUGUUAGUCCAAUAAAGCUAAUUGAUGUAGGAAGUUGCUACAAUCCAUUCAGAGAGUUUGAUUAUUUUAAAGUGUUACCUAUAGAUUUGUAUCCAGCUAAUGACACUGUGUACCAGUGUGAUUUCUUAAAAGUUAGUUUAGGUUCAAAGAUAAUAUUUAACGGAGUUGAAGUAGAGCAGUUACAAGAGUGCUUCUUUGACGUUGUAGCUUUUUGCUUUCUGCUGGAAUAUAUUCCAGACUCAAAAUUGAGAAUACAGGCUUGUGUUAAAGCAUACAAUUUAUUGAAACCAGGCGGUUUGCUUAUUAUCAACACACCUGAUUCAAAACAUGUUGGUGCAAAUUCUAAAAUAAUAAAAUGUUGGAGAUAUACUUUAGCAUGUAUUGGAUUCUCAAGAAUAAAGUAUGAGAAAUUCAAGCAUAUGCAUUGCAUGGCAUUUAGAAAAUCGCUCCAUAGAGAUAUUGCAGUUAGAUGGGCAAAAUUACAUAAAGAACCAUUUAUGGAAUAUGCUUUGAAUAUACCACAAGAUUUCUAUCAUAACAAUGAUGUUGAAAACUCGAUUCAAAAGGAAACAAAUGUAACAUAUUAUGAAUUUGAGGAAUUACCAUUUUAUGAUUGUAUUGAAGAUUAA